GGAGACACAACACGGACGAGCGCUGGGAACUAGUACGCGCUGUUGUGUUUCAAAUAUGGCUUACCAACUCGCCCAAACGUCCGUUUUAACGAGCUUCUUAUUCGGUCGUUCGCCAUUGAAUUGACGUUUCGAGUUGUGCACAGCAUUCCAUGAACAUGGCUUACCGGCACAGGUAUCGUCAAGGCAAGUCGGAGCGCCUCCCACGGCGCCAAAAUAUUGACCAAAUGUGGCCGUGACAUGGUUCUCAAGUACACUCUCACGCCCAAGCAGUUCCACAGGAUCCUGAUGAAAGGCUGCAUCAUGACGCGCCUUUGCUACGCACGUAUUAACGUCCAAAAGAAUAUGGAAGAGUUUCGAGAACAGAUCACGAAAUGUUACGUUGAUGUCACAAGAUGGAUCGUUAGAACGAUACCGGACCUCGUCAGUGAAGAUAUAUGGAAGGACGUGGAACCAUUGACAGCCAGUAUCAAGGACUGUUUGGUAAAUGAAAUGCCCAAGGACCAGGAUACAAUGCUCGGCAUCGUUCGCUACCUCAGGAUGUUCUUCUUCACAGCCUGAACACGUGCUUAAUGUGGCUACACUACCAACGUGAGAAACUGUCUUCAGCGACGUCCUAAUAUUAAUAAACCCGUAGAUACU